GGUUGGACUAGCAAGUACCAAAACCAUAUUUAAACAAACAAAACAGGCUGGACUAGCAGUUAUUCUCUUUAUUUCUGAAUUCCUCUAAGAGAAAAAAAAAAUAAACAAAAUUUUUAAAGGGAUUUGCAGAAAGAAAGAAAAAAAAAAAGACGAAAAGAUGGUGUUGUUUAGUAGAAGAGGAGCAUCUGGAUUCUCAGCAUGUAAUACAGCAGAAGAUGUAACUCUUGGACAUGAUGGCUCUGGCCUUACUGCUAUUAUUACUGGAUCAUCAAAUGGUAUUGGCGCGGAGACUGCACGUGUUCUUGCGAUGCGUGGAGUUCAAAUUGUCAUGGCUGUGAGGAAUACGGCUGCGGGUACGGCAGUAAAAGAAACGAUAUUGAAGGAAACACCUUCGGCCAAAAUUGAGAUAUUGGAGCUGGAUGUUAGUUCCAUGGCAUCAGUGAGGAAGUUUGUGGAAGAAUUCAAGUCUUCGGGUCUUCCGCUAAACAUCCUUAUUAAUAAUGCAGGAGUUAUGGCACUGCCUUACAAGCUCUCUCCAGACAAAAUAGAGCUUCAGUUUGCAACAAAUCAUCUAGGUCAUUUUCUUUUAACAAAUCUUUUGUUGGAGACCAUGAAAAAAACUGCAUCUCAAAGUAACAUAGAAGGAAGAAUUGUCAAUGUUUCUUCUGAAGCUCACAAGUUGGCAUACAAAGAAGGGAUUCGCUUCGAUAAACUCAAUGAAGAAUCAGGGUACAACAGCUGGGCGGCCUAUGGACAAUCAAAACUUGCAAAUAUAUUGCAUGCUAAUGAGCUUAGUAGACGCCUUGAUGAAGAUGGGGCGGCAAUAACAGUAAAUUCACUUCAUCCAGGAGCAAUUGUGACGAAUCUCUGGCAUAAUAGCAGCAUAUUUGGUGGCUGGGUUUCUAAAGUUGUUGUAGCUCCAGUUAGUAAGCUUGUGGGAAAAAAUGUUCCACAGGGUGCAUCUACAACAUGCUACGUUGCAUUACAUCCGAACAACAAAGGUGUAAGCGGAGAAUAUUUCGUGGACAACAACAUUGGAAAAACUACCUCACAGGGUAUAGAUACAGAACUAGCAAAGAAACUUUGGGAUUUCAGCAUGAAUUUGAUCAGUUGAACAACUCUCAGUCCAGUGGCGGUGGCAAUGGUGGUGAUAAGUGUGUUUCAUGAUUCUCGUUAUAACAGAACAUAAAUUAAUUUCAGUCACAGAAAGUAUUCUUAAUAGUUUGUCAUUACUCCAUUAGUCUACAUUAACAUAUUUGUGUAUGAUAAUAACAACUUCAGCUUUGUCAGUUCUGCUUAAGAUUUAAAAAGGGACUGUUAGUGGCGGA